GGCGGGCCCGGCGGCCAUGGCGGCCAUGGCGGCCGUGGUGCCCGAUUACGAGUUGGCCGAGCUGUACACGCGCGCGUUCCGCGUGGGCGCCCUGGGCCUCGGCUGGCGGCGGCUGCUGGGGCCGCCCGACCUCUCGCUGGCGGCGGAGGCGCAAGAGGAGGAGGAGGAGGAGGACGCGGCCGUGGCGGCGGCGCUGGGCUGCGCGCCGGGCACGGCGGCCGAGGUGCGCGCCGUCUGCAGCAUUGAUAUGUUAAUGUCUUCUGAGAAAGAAGAGGACCCAGAUGUUAUUCCUGAAGAUAGCAGUCUGCUCACUCUUCGAAUUCGGAAGAAGGCCUUAGAGAGGAGAGAAGAAACAAUUAUUGUGGAUCGGGCUUGCAGACAAGAAACUCUUACUUAUGAGAUGGAGUCACAUGCAACUGGAAGGAGGCCAGAUGAUCCAACAGAUCUAAUUGAGGAGGGAGAACUACUUUUAACUCUGAACAUCUUUUAUCCUCUUAUAUUUCAGAAGCAUAAAGAUCACAAACCGUUCCAAACAGUCCUUGUAUUGGGCAGCCAGAAGCUCACUGAACUGAGAGACUCGAUUUCCUGUGUCAGUGACCUCCAGAUAGGUGGUGAGUUCAGCAGUCAGCCAGAUCAAGCACCAGAGCACAUCAGCAAGGAUCUCUACAAAUCUGCCUUCUUCUAUUUUGAAGGCAUCUUUUAUAAUGAUAAAAGAUACCCGGAGUGCAGAGAUCUGAGCAGAACAAUUAUAGAGUGGUCAGAAUCUCAUGAUAGAGGCUAUGAAAAUCUUCAGUCUGCCAAGAUGGAGGACUAUGCAUUUAAUGAUUUAUCCCUCAAAAUUGGCUUUCCAUACCUUUACUGUCACCAAGGGAACUGUGAACACAUCAUUAUAAUCACAGAUAUAAGGCUUAUUCAUCAUGAUGACUGUCUGGAUAGGAAUCUGUAUCCCUUGCUGGUCAAGAAACAUUGGCUAUGUACCAGAAAAUGUUUUGUGUGCAAGAUGUAUACAGCAAGGUGGGUAACCAACAGAGACAGUCUGGCACCAGAGGAUCCUUGUUUCUUCUGUGAUGUUUGUUUUCGGAUGCUCCAUUAUGAUGCAGAAGGCAAUAAACUGGGAGAGUUCCUUGCAUAUCCUUAUGUUGAUCCUGGGAUUUUCAACUGAAACUGACAUGUGCCAGGAUUAAUUCAGUGAAUGACAUUGUUGAAUGUGUUGCUCUGGCUGUUAAAACCACUGAACAGCUUGGGGUUUGAGCAUACUUGCUGGGUUUCAUGUUAGGUAUGUAAUCCUCUCCUGUGAGCAGGAAGGAGCCCUUUGCACUUGAAGACUAUCUGGUGUUUUUUUCUGAGUAAGUAAGUAUGAUUUUUACAGAUAAGUUGGCAUGCAAAAAUGUAAUACACUUUUACAACAUUCCAGUAGUUUGGCUGCUAUGGACUAUAAAUAUGGAUGUUUGAGAAUACCUGGCAAAAGAAACCAUGGCUUUAAGAAGCUCUGCGUAUCCAAGGCUUUGUAAACCUCUGUGGAUGAGAACAUGGUCUGUAUAUAUCUUACCUUGAAAACUCUGGCAGUUGCCAUAUUUAAACAAGGAUGGGUGGCACUGAAUUUGUAGGGAGGAGAACGCUUUCUGAGAGAGAAGCUCAGAAUGCUGGUUAAACUCUUGGGUCUUUCCUACAAAUAAAAGCUUACAUCUGAAGGCCUUUGCUGUCCCUGGUUUCUGACUCUGAGGACUGAUUCUGUAGAGAAGAAACUGCAUUUCACCAUUACUGAAUUGUAGCCUGCUUUUUAAAUAAUUUUGCCAGCUGUUUACUGUGUAUGCAGUGUUCAUUGUGCACCUUUUUAUUUAGUAUCAUUCUUUUAUUGUUAUGUAAUUUUUUUUUAAUUAAAAUGUGGCAAAUUGUAGUUCCUACUAAUCUCUUGUUAAACUGAAA